AGUUUUCAACGCCAUAAUCGUGUCACCCUCCGCCACUGCUAAAAUAUUUAUUGUGGAGACUACCAGCAAUCUCAUUCUUGCUUAAGUAAUUCAACCGGCAGUCAGAACAGAGAGAGAGAAGAGAAGCGAUAUGGCAACGGCGAUUGUGAGAUCUGGCCUUCGCUCCGCCCUCCGCGGUGGCGCGUCUGCCCCACGAGCUUCCCCAGCUUCCAGGCGCUCCUUUGCCUCUUCCUCCCAUCAUGAUGAAGCUGCUGAGGCUGCCAAGUGGGAGAAGAUAACAUAUCUUGGAAUAGCAACAUGCUCUAUUCUUGCCAUCUAUAACCUCUCCAAGGGUCACCCGCACCAUGAAGAACCUCCUGCAUACCCAUACUUGCAUAUCCGCAAUAAGGAGUUUCCAUGGGGUCCAGAUGGUCUUUUUGAGAGCAAGCAUCAUUGAAUCUUCUAGGUUGUCCAAUGCAAAAGCUCAAGAUAUAACUGGUCUUUUAGUUUGCUUCUGCAAUAUUUGAACUUGUGAUUAUCAGAUGUGCUGUAGUUCCUUACAGCAUAUCGCAAUGUCAGUCUUUGGAAUCAGACCUGGGAAUGCAGUGUGGAUGUUUUUCACCUUCUGUUAAUCUGUACUUUUUGUCGUUCCAUCUGCAAAAUAAAACUCUGAGGAAUAUAUUGGGCGCUUUCGGGUUGCACCCUUGUUGAGACUACAAUAUCGCAGCAUUUUACUUGAAUUUCUGACUACA